ACCUCCCUCGUUCUCUCCAAACUUCAGAACAGUCAUUAUGCUCGCAUCUGCUGCCCUCGUUCUCUCCGUGGCCCUUGCUGCAGUCGCCACUCCCGUCACGACCACCGUGACGAUUUCACCGUCUACCACCACCUCCGCUCCCUCGUCCAGCCCUACGUCGGACCCCGCCGAGGUCCACUUCAUCCCCUACAAGUACGAAGGCUGCCGUCAGACCCAGAACCCGAAAGACCAGACCGGCCAGGCAACGAGCUAUAAUGUCACUACCGGGCACUGUUUCGCUCCUGGCUAUAUCUUCACGUCGUACUUCCAGCAAGCCAACCACCUCGCUGCCACUGGUCCUUGUUCCCUCAGCAUCUUCCCUGAAGCGAAUUGCACCGGAACCGGUGUAGGUGCCAAGUUGGCCGAGGAGCCCACGUGCAUGGCCGACAUGUCUACAGCUGGCCAGAGCUUCAGACUCGACUGUGGCCCUUAAAGGAGAGGGGGAAGAGAAAGGAGACAUCUUGAGAUGCUGGAACACGUUGGAGGUUUGCUAUGAACACUUGACUCACUGUUCGCUGUUCUCCCCCAAAGACGUACCUUCAUUUGACUCACCUUUACCUUCAUUCAUGGACAUCUUUCUUGCAGUACGAGCCUAACAUUUUUCGAGCUUACAGUACAUAGGAUUUCUACUUGGCGAGCUCGGGGAUUCGAGCAAAUAUAAUUUGGCGCGUUAUUCGUUUCUGAUC